GAGAAGUCGGCGCAUCCAGUCGGUCCUAACGGGAAUGUCCUGUCCGAUAUUGGUUUUAUGCUACAAAACCUGACAGAUGAGUUGGAUGCGAUGCUGGAUCCGGCAAAACCUACAGUGAAGAUGCCUCCUCUCUUUCCUGUACCAAAAUAG